AUGGACAAACGACCACAUGCAGCGGAAGAGAAUGUACUUGCACCCAUCAAGGGUGCCAAAUCGACGGCUAAAACACAAGAUGAAACCAGACUACAGUUGCAGCGAACGGUAUCUGGGCCUCCAUACACGAUCUUCACGCCAAGAGCCAAGCUGUUCAUCAUUAUAGCAGUAUCGAUAUCGUCACUCAUCAGUCCAUUCGGGGCAACGACAUUCUACCCGGCCCUUGAUACCAUAGCCAACGACUAUGGAGUUACUCCGACCCUGAUCAACUUGUCAUUGACGACGUACAUGAUAGUACAAGCAAUUGCACCGGCCCUGAUAGCCGGCAUGUCAGAUCAAAACGGACGUUGA